CUGAACAACUUAGCAUUGUUACUCUCAUUUUCCUUGGUCUCCAAGAAACCCUGCGGUAUAAAAUAAGGCCUCAAAAGAGUUGGAAGAAGAAGAAGAAGUAAACCGAGAGUGAGAGGAGAAGAAAAUGGCGAUGGAAGUUCUAUCGUCUAAACUCGGCGCUUCCCUCGCAACCCUCAUGUUCUUCUGGACAUUUUGCCAAAACCUUAUCCCUCCUCAACUCCGAACAUAUUUGAUUUCCCGCUAUAACAAGAUUUGCAGCUCUUUCAACCCAUUCGUCCACAUCACCUUCCAUGAGUUUGAACCAGGGGAGCUCUUUGACAGGAGCAAAGUUUUCUUGACUAUUGAAAGGUAUCUCGGCCACAUUUCCUCGGGGAAUGCCAAUCACUUCAUCGCGAAACCGGCCAAGGACAGUUGCCGGUCGGUGGUGCUCAGCAUGGGCAACUAUGAAGAGGUGGUGGAUGUGUACAAUGGGGCGGUUAAGGUGUGGUGGAGCUCUGCACAGAUCACUUCCGUUCGGCAGUCCAUGUCUUUGUUUCCAAGGGAGGAUGAUAAACGGUAUUUCAACCUCAAGUUUCACAAGAAGGAUCGAGAGAUCGUCACGAAAUCUUACAUCAAGCAUGUGUUGGCAGAGGGGGAGGCCAUUCAGGUGAGGGAAAGGAAACUGAAGCUUUACAGCAACAAUAAGAGUGAAGAGUGGAGUGGGUGGAAGAGCGGUGCAAAAUGGAGCCAUGUCAUCUUCAAGCAUCCUUCCACUUUCGACACUCUCGCAAUGGAACCAAGCCGGAAGCAAGAGAUUGUAGACGAGCUUCUCAACUUCAAGGACUCCAAGGAGUACUACGCCAAGAUAGGCAAGGCAUGGAAGCGCGGCUAUCUCCUCUACGGUCCUCCCGGAACAGGAAAGUCCAGCAUGAUUGCCGCCAUGGCCACUCUUAUGCAGUACGACGUGUAUGAUCUUGAGUUGACUGCAGUGAAGGACAACAAUGAGCUGAGGAGGCUGCUUAUAGACACCUCGGGCAAGUCCAUUAUAGUAAUCGAAGACAUCGAUUGCUCCCUAGACCUGACAGGGCAGAGGGAGAAAAAAGAGGAGGACGAAAACGAGAAGAAAGACCCAAUCAAGAAGGAAUUACUUGACAGGGAGUUGAAGAAGAAGAAGAAGAAGAAGGAGAGUGAUGUGACUCUAUCAGGGCUUUUAAACGUCAUCGACGGCCUCUGGUCGGCUAUAGGAGAAGAAAGACUCAUAAUCUUCACCACGAAUCACAUUGAGAAACUUGAUCCUGCACUGAUAAGGAGGGGGAGGAUGGACCACCACAUUGAGAUGUCAUACUGUUGCUUUGAGGCUUUCAAGGUGUUGGCAAAGAACUAUCUGGGCAUUGGGGAUGACUCUCAUCCUCUGUUCCCAGAAAUCAGACGUUUGCUUGGGGAAACCAAAACAACCCCUGCCGACGUCGCUGAGAACAUGAUGCCCAAAUCUGCUCGGGAGAAAGCGGACGCGUGCCUGGAGAGAUUUGUUAAAGCACUGGAAACUGCAAAAGAAGAAGCACGGGUGAAAGAGGAGGAAGAGAAGAGAGCCAAUGCAGUAAAGGAAGAGGAAGACCACCGCGAGAAGAAGAUGAAACAAGAGGCCGAUGACCUGAAGAAAGCAGAUCCCUCGCCUGUUCAAGAAAAUGGAAAUGCAAAGGAAUAGUUAUAUUGAGGAGUGCACCAAGGAUAGAAUGAGGUGAUUUCGUAAUUGGAAGCUUUAUUAAUUAUGUUAAACUGAUUGUUGUCGUUUCUUCUUCAUCUCUUCAAGAAUUCUUGAUUUUAUUGGGAUUAAUCUAAGUUCUGUUUUGUGUGUUCCUGUCUCUGAAAUUUGAGUAUAUCAUUUGUUUGGGUUCAACAUCUUACACAAUUCCUGUUGAGAUUGAGGAAGAACUAUAUUUUUAUUAAUUAUGUUAAAUUAAUUUGAGUAUACAGUUAAAAAAUCUUUUGGGUUCCU